CAACAAUGGGGUUCAUCGGGGAGUUAUCCCUCUUGACGUCACUAGGGGGCGCCCGUGUUUUAGUUGGUAUAACGUAAACGUAAACAAUAUGGCGUAUGACGGCUGGAAAGUUGAGCGGCUGAAGUUGGAAUUAGCGAAGCGUGGUGCAGUAUUGCGGGGGAGGAAAGCAGAUUUGAUUGAAAGGUAAACUUUGAUAUUUUGUGUAUAUGAAUAUCUUUCAUCAUGGUUAGAGGCAUACGACAGGAACCACAACUUCAGGGACAAUGUUGCGUUUUUACCAAGACCUCCUGCGUUGCCUAAUUGGCCAGUAGGGAUAUUCGGGUUUCGGCAGUUGACACUUGACCACAAAAAUCAAUUGCCAACUCUUGGAAUGGCACAGGUAGAAGGUUAUUUUCUGUAUAGAAUGGCAGCAGACAACCAAUGCCAGUCAGACAUUCAGGCUAUUUCCAAAGGGAGCUUGCUAAUGGAAUCAGGAAGGGUUGAGGCAUGCAGCUUCAAAGCAAAUGGACAUGAUGUGUUUCUGACCGGAACAGUUGCAGCGGCAAUGAAGAAAAAAGUUCACCAGUAAAGGCUGAAGAUAUUGAAUCCAACUUCGACAUUAACAUGGAUGAUCCAAGACCUGAGAGGUUCAGAGGCAAUAAUGGAUACAACUCAUUUGUAAGGAGCCAAGUGAUCAACUAUUGUGCAGUAUCAUCCAAGGACCUUGCAUUUAGAUAUCUUAUGCCGAAGGCAAAUAUACAAGUGGCAGCAAGAGACCAUGACUACACUACACUACCAAUGACAGAACAUUGGGUUGAUACUGGAACUAAGGUGUCAUCUAUGGAAGAAGUCCUGGAGAUUGAAGAAACUACAAAGAAGCAAAGUGUGUGCAAGAAAUGGCACCAGGAGAGAAGAUGGCGUUUGACAUCUUCCAGAUUUGGCGAGAUUUGUAAGGCAACAGACCGUAGAAAUAAGGAAAAACUGUGCCAGUCUAUCUUCAGGCCAGCCAGACUCACUUCACCAGCCAUCAUCCAUGGACAAACUUUUGAGAGGGCUGCUAUUAAAAAAUUUGAAGAAAUUAAUGGUAUAACAGUCAACUUGUGUGGUUUGAGAGUGGACAUUGAUAACAACUUCCUUGCUGCCUCACCAGAUGGCAUAACAAGUCAGGGUGACAUUGUAGAGAUCAAGUGUCCAUAUAAAGGUAGAAAUAAUGCAAUUUCUGUAAAUAGCAACUUUCCUUUUUUAGGAAAAGAUGAAAAUGGAGACAUGCAUCUUAAGCAAAAUCACAAUUAUUUUUAUCAAAUUCAAGGGCAACUCAACAUUUGUAAGAAACAGAGGUGCUUUUUUGUAGUCUAUACUUUUAAAGAUAUUUUUGUAGAGGAAAUUUAUGUUGACAAUUCUUUUUGGUCAGGUAGUAUGCUGCCAAAAUUAGAGUUAUUUUACCAGAAAUACUACAGAAAAUUUGUUGCAGGGAAAAUGUAGUUUUGCAAUCUUUAAGUUAUAUAUGCCAUAAUUCACAUAAUGGCAAACCCAGAAGUAUUUUUAUGUUACAAAUACCCUGUACAAUGUUGUUUUAAAGUCAUUACAGAUGCUUUACAAGAAUCAUUUUUCAAAUACUUUUUUCUUGGAAUGGCUAGCCUGUUAUAUUCCUGGAACAAGAAAGAUGAUGAAAGGUUAAGAUUUUGAAAGUCAACUUAUUUAACUUACUAUGGAUUGUCUGAAGUUCUGAAUAACAAAACAUAUAUACAAUAUUCUAGAUCCAAGAGCAACCUUUGAAUGUGAAAGAUUUGAAUUCAAUAUUUUAAAGGUUUUAGCUAAGCCAAUCACACGUUCAACAUGAAUUCUUUUGGAAGCAAUGCGCCGAUCUCUUACUACAUCUUCUGCAUCUAACUGACUUUUGCCCUUCAGCAUAGUUGGUGUGUUUACUUUAACAUCACGUGAUGCAAACAGAUCUUGCACCAUGAUUCCUCUGUCUGCCAUGAUACUAUCACCUGAAUCAAACAUUGAACGAUCAUGUAAAAGACGAGAGCGCUCAAUAAUCUGACGGUCACUUGCAGAGCCUCCAUAGGCAUCAGAUAUGUAGGAAAUAGCACCUUUUGGUGUGCACCCAACCAUAGUCUUAAGAGUGUUUUUGUUUUUGUAUGAGGAGAAUGUAGCGCUCUGGGCAUUGACAUUGCGUGGCUUAUGAAUCGGAAUUUCAGUUGCAUCCAAAAUAACUCUUGUAUUGCUAAAUUGGGAAAAGUUCUCUGGCAUGUGUUCAUCCACAAUAUCUCGUGAGGGCCAAAUAUCAAGUUCUUUCAAUUGAAAAUAUAGAAAGUUUAUCCAAACAUUUAGCAGAGUUGAAACAGUGGUUUCACUGAUAUGAAAGAGAUGACCAAGUUCAAUGUUUUCUGUUGCUCUGCGUAACUUCAUAAGUGUUAAAAAUAACUGAUUUUCUGGUGACAAGACAGAGGAUUUGAACUGCAAAUCAUGUGCAGCUGGACCAAGUAUAUUAAAAAA